UUUCAAAACUGAGGACAUUGGAGAUCCUUAACUUGGCUAUGGUGGAGUUGGAUGACAGUAACUUAAAGAAAGAAGAAUUCGCAUGGCCAUCCAAUCUGCAAUUCCUUGGACUAAGUGGAAAUAGUUUCAGUAAAAAGGUUUUUUCUUCUCUAAAGGGGCUUCGACAUCUCAAAUCUCUUGAUAUAAGCAGAAACCAAUUGGAAGGAUAUUUGAAUAUUAGUGGAUUGACAUCAAGCAAUUUGGAAAUUCUUGAUUUCAGUCAGAAUGAUAUCACAAAUUUUGUAGUCAACCAAGAUUGGUCUGGGCUUAAGACGUUGAAGGAGUUAAACAUAAGCCAUAAUAAAUUCAAGGGGCCACUUCAACCAUAUUUUUCUGACUUCUCAUCCCUUAGGAAGUUGGAUCUUUCUAAUAACGACUUCACUGGUAAUAUUGUUUCUAGGCUUGCAAGUCUUACAUCCCUAGAAUAUCUUGGUUUUGAAAGAAACCAAUUUGAAGUCCCUAUUUCAUUCACACCAUUUUUUAAGCAUUCCAAUCUCAAGUUCAUCUAUGGCAAUGGGAACAAAGUCAUACUGGACUCACACUCUUCUAUGAAAAAUUGGGUUCCGAAAUUUCAAUUGCAAGUGCUCAGUUUGUCUUCAACGACUGAGUCGCAUUCUCACCCUAUUCCUAGCUUCCUUCAUUACCAAUACAAUUUGACACAUCUGGAUUUCACUGGAUGUAAACUAAAGGGAGAGUUUCCAAAAUGGUUGCUGGAAAACAACACAAAAAUGACAAACCUUGUUCUUAAAAAUUGUUCCUUCACUCAAUUCCAGGUGCCAUCUCAUCCCCAUCUCCACCUUGCAGAAAUGAUUGUAUCCGACAAUGCUAUAUCAGGUCAAAUCUCGAGCCACAAUAUCAGUUCAUUUUUUCCAAAUUUGGAAACUCUAGAUAUGUCUGAAAAUGCAAUCAGUGGUUCAAUUCCUCGUGAAUUUGGCCUAAUGAAUUUACUGCAAACACUGGAUCUCUCAAAUAAUCAAUUGUCAGGAGAAAUUCCCCGUGAGCUAAUCAACAUUAGCUCAUUACAAACAUUGGAUCUUUCUGAUAAUCAGUUAACAAAGGUCAUAUUUGGAGUUGGUCACAAGCACACAGGAAGCGUUAGUUCAUUGGAUAUAAGCAAUAAUCAAUUGGUGGGGAAAAUUCCAAGCCUCAUUAAAAAUAUGUCAGGAUUGGAGCAUCUUAGUAUGUCCAAUAAUCAUUUUGAAGGAUCUAUUCCGCUGGAAUUGGCAGAACUUAAAAAUCUAGUUUAUCUAGAUCUCUCCCAAAAUAAUCUGACUGGUGAAAUUCCACCUUUUAUAAGUUCUUCAGUUAAGAGUAUCCAUUUGAACAACAAUCAUUUAAGUGGGCUGUCCAAAAGAACGUUCCGAGGAGGUUCUUCACUGGAGUUGCUAGAACUUAGCCACAAUGAAGUAACCCAUAGCAUUCAAGACAUGGUAGAAGACCUUAGUUUUAUAGAUUUGAAGAUUCUUCUUGUGAAAGGUAAUCACUUCAAUGGAGAUAUACCAAGUGAGUUAUGCAAGUUGAAAGGUUUAACCAUACUAGACCUUUCUCACAACAAUUUAACUGGUGUGAUACCCAAAUGCUUGGGUAGAAUGCCUUUCUACAAUGUAUACCCUGAGGAACUACGUAGAUUGUUUUAUGGCAUCAUUCCUAUUGAGCACAAUUCUAGAUUUGAGAAACGGUUACCAGAUGUGGAAGAGAGAGCAAAUUUCACUACAAAGGGGAGAACUGACACUUACAUGGGGAGUAUCCUUGCUUACAUGUCUGCAAUUGACUUAUCCCACAAUAAACUUAAGGGCAAUAUCCCAUCUGAGCUUGGAAACUUGGAAAGUAUUCAAUCAUUGGAUUUGUCGAAUAAUGAUUUCACGGGGAAAAUUCCAACUACAUUCUCCAAGUUGCGUCAAACAGAGAGUUUAGAUCUUUCAUUUAAUGAGUUGAGUGGCCAAAUUCCUUCACAAUUGAGUGAAUUAACCUUUCUUUCUUCAUUCAAUGUAUCUUACAAUAACUUGUCUGGUGCAAUUGAGAGAAAAGGACAAUUUCUGACGUUUGAAGAAAGCUGCUUCAGGGGUAAUCCAUUACUCUGUGGACCUCCACUAGCAACAAUUUGCAAUCCUGCACCUGUUAUUUUCCCAAGUGACUCGGACAGUGGAAACAAUGGUAAUUGGGUGGACAAGUUCGUUUUUUGUGUGACCUUUGCCGUGUCAUACGCAUCAUUUUUGUUGGUAACUGCAGCAGCUUUGUAUAUUAAUCCUUACUGGAGGCAAUUAUCCUUUUACUAUGCAGAACUGGUGAGCCUGAAUUGCUACUACUUUAUCGAGGACAACAUGUGCAAGUUAUGUAAUCUUGGAAAUGUGUAACAUAUU